AUGCGAACCUUGACAAUUUUAAGAAUUACAUAUUCAUUUGUCAUCCUUAAAUCGGUAAUCUUGAUCGUACACAUUCGCGAAUCGGAGCUGGCCAUUACGGUACCCGCAACUACCACCACAAGACCGGUUUACGCCAAAUUUUUCCUCCGUCGGCAAGGGCCCCGCACCGACCGCCAAACCAGCUGGGAUUUGACUAAGUGCGUAUACUGGACGGCGUUCUGCAACGGUAAUUCUAAUGUGGAAAUCUAUCAGGAACAAGUGGAUAACGUGGGCACUUAUCUGUGUGUACCCGGUGACCCGCCGUACGCAUUCGGACUAAACACAUAUGGGCAGUGUAAUCCCUAUACAUUCACGGGCGUUGCGGAGGUUCCCACGCUGGUUGACGUGUCGGGAAUCGAUGAGGUCACCGUCUUGUGCAGCAAUGCAGCCAAUGCGCCGAUCAGUGGACCGUUGUUAGCGGCGGAACCAAGCUUCUCCAGUAUUUUACAACUGACACAGUAUCAGUACCAGCUGGUGGUGGGAGCGAGCAGCAAUGGCGAUUUCAGUCCAUAUUAUAUAGCACCCGACAACGAAGGCGGCUUCUUAACGACGAGUACUCGACCGUCGCUGGACACGGUGCAGAUAAUCACCGUCAUGGUCCAGGACCAGUACACGGCUUUCGUCUCUAACCCAAUCAAUAUAACAUUUGUCCUUAAAACAUGCCAGCUGCGGAUCGUUGGACCGUCUUCCUUUCAAGUUUGCAAUAGUCUGAAUCAGCUGACAACAAUACCCAACGCACAGUAUUCGAUAACACCUGCUCCACCUGGACCGGCAACAAGCACAACCGGUACAACAAUCGUAUGGAACGACCCGGUUUUAGUUAGCAGCUCCAACGGAGACACGUUUUCCUAUCUCAUGGCGGCACAAGGUGGCACUUAUCAGUUGGUAGCCACAGCUCCAGCAGUGCCGGCAACGGAAGUUCAAGUGUACAAUUUCACCGCCAUCGAUAGCACAAGUGGGACCAAUUACGCGGAGGCCAGUCGAUUAAUUACCGUCGUGCUGAAUGCGGGCUGCUAACAGCAAAAUAGCACCAAAUACAGAGUGGUAAGCCACUAUGCAGACACACCACAUUGAAUAAAAUAUACGAGUACAUAUAAUUACAGAGCUACAGACUGUCACAGACAGCAGGAUUUAUAAAUUAAUUUACUUGUCAUGUAGGAAUGUUUUCGUCAAAAUCUGAAUGUAUAGACAGGCUUUGCUUUAAAAAAGAAGUAUGCACCAAAAGUAAAAGUCAUCAGAACAGCGAAAACCAGAACAAAUCACCAUAAAUAAAUUACUUUUUCUGACUGGAUUGUCCCAUUUCGAUCGAUCGUUUCGUUGCCGCUUCCACGGCAGUGAUCAAGGCAUUCCGGAUUCCACCUUGUUCCAAAGCAUGCAGACCGUGUAUUGUCGUGCCUCCGGCGCUGGCUACAUUGUCACGCAGAACUGCUGGAUGCUGACCGGAUUCCACCACCAUUUUUGCAGCACCCUAAAGUAGAUGUGGAUCAAAUGCAAAAAACUAUUAGUUUGUGUAACAAAACUAAACCGCAGCCGUUUACCAAUACUGUCUGAGCGGCUAAUUUUGUUGAUAAAUCCCGAGGUAAACCCAUCUUGACACCACCAUCCGACAACGCUUCAAUUACUGUGAAAACCUAAAAAUAAAGCAGCAGUUGUGGCUAACAACAAUUAGAGAAACAUAUCUGUAAAUUUUCGCAGCGAUUUUUCUGUAGUCGAGUCUUUUAUUACGACCAAAAUAUCCAAUUUCGCGAGGCUAAAGUCGUCUUGAACUACACGCAGGCAGACACGAGAACUAACAGUAAGCUCCGAACCCCCGCUUCUAAACUGCAUUUGCAGACAUCCUGUAAAGAGACUAUAAUGGUAGGUCAGACAUCAGACAAUUUUGUUUAAAGUCUAACAUGUUAACAUCCUUUCUGUAUUAUGGAUUAUCGCAACUUGUGGCAAAGCGUUUUACUCUGCAUGCUUUUUGACCGGCACAGAUAAGGAGAACACCUUAAUGUUCGGCUAUUGUUUUUGUUUUUGCAAUCACCAUACUGUGAAGUUC